AUGGUGGAUAGUGGUACGAACUCAACGCUCGAAAGUGAGGAUUCUGACAUUAGUUUGUCGGAGUUUCGCGCCAGACGAAACGAAUUAUUCCGGCGGAAGGCGGACGUCCUGCUGAGCCAAGCCGAAGGAAAUGUAUUGGAGGAAGAAAUCCAUAAGUACGAGACGGCUGGAAAGCACGGGCACUUGUAUACCGACGCAAAUGCGACGUGGCAAAAAAAAAAGACCACUUUUCGUUACUAUGGAGGUGGAUUUCGUGUGGGUAAUGCGGAAUUGGAGUCCAGUGCUUGUAUAGGGGUGACAAAUGCGUUCGGAUGCAUUUCCAUAAGUUUGGAGCAUCGAUUAUCCCCCGAGUUCAAGUUCCCCGUCGCCUAUGAGAACUGCUGGGAUGCACUUCUUUGGUUGUCUAAGAAUGCUCCGGCGCUUGGGGCAGAUCUUUCAAAGGGGUUUGUGGUUGGAGGAACCUCUUCGGGGGGCCAUAUUGCAAACCCUCUGGUCCAUCGCGCCCGCGAUGAGGGUUUGCAACCACCAAUCACUGGCGUUCAUUUGACUGUUGCCCCGACCUUAGCACCUCAAGCUUUGACGGAAGCUUAUCGAGAUAUCUACAAGAGUAGGGAUGCUCUACGGGAUGGCUACACUCUGAUAUAG